AUGUCGCUCUAUCCCGAACUGAAGGACAUCCGAGUCGAACUGCGGGACCAUGGGGUCGCGGUCGUGUACCUCGAUCGCCCCGCGGCUCGCAACGCCUUCACGGACCCUAUGGCCAAGAGCUUGGUCGUUGCCUUUGACCGACUCGACAGUGACGACAAGGUCAAGGUCGUCAUACUUGCUGGAUCGCCCAAUGAAGGCAAAGCGUUUUGUGCAGGGUGAGGAUCGCUAGCAUUGAAGCGUGGAUCGUCGCCAAGUGUGGAUCGACGUGGAUUGCGGAGAGGCCCCUGAGCUGACCUGGCGAGGAACUUGCUUCUUGUUGUACUAGAGCGGAUCUGUCAAAGGGCGAUUUCAGUACUUCGGACCGGUAUUCACAAAACUCGGCUCGUAAUCUAAACGAGCACCGUGAUGGUGGAGGUGAGCAGGACUCUUGAUGCUCUCGCCUCAUGUGUCUGUGCCAAGCUGACAGCCGAGCGAACGCCCUACUGGCCUUGCAGGCACGGUCUCGCUUGCGCUCUUCCGAGUGCGAAAGCCGACUAUCGCCGCUGUCAAUGGUCACGCUGUUGGAAUCGGUAGGUCUCACCUUUCUGUACUUGUCAUCGCACACGACUGACUCCACUUUUGACACCCUAACCCAGGAAUCACCAUGACCCUCGGCGCCGACAUCCGCUUCGUCUCCGAGACCGCCAAAAUCGGUUUCGUCUUCGCUCAACGCGGCAUCGUUCCCGAAGCGGCUUCGUCAUACUUCUUGCCCAAAUUGAUCGGUCACUCGCGAGCGAUGCAAUUGUUCAUGGUGAGGAACUCCUCGCUCCUCCGCGGUACUUCAAGCACUUCAUGAGGUCUUUUGUCAGCUGACGAAUCCUUUUCGAUCUCCACUCAGACGGCCAAAGUGAUCUCCGCAACUUCGCCCAUCCUCGACCUCCUCUGGGCCUCGCGUCAUCCCUCCCCUGAAGCGACCUUCCAAGCUGCCCUCGACUUGGCCAAGGAUAUCUCCCUCUCCAACUCGAUGAUCUCGUCCUCUUUGAUCAAGGGUUUGGUCUGGCGUGGAAUGGACAGUCCCGAGGAUCAACAUCUGCUUGAUUCAAAGGCGAUGCAUGUCGCUGGUCAGUACAGCCCUCACACACGGGCGCGUAUGAAUGGACUUCUUACUGGGCACUAAUCACAAUCCGUGGUAUACUUCCAGGCAAUUCGAUCGAUUCCAAAGAAGGCGUGCAAGCGUUCAGAGACAAGCGCGCCCCCAGAAUGGUCGCGAGCGUACCCAAAGACUUGCCGACCGAGUUCUACCCGUGGUGGAGUCAAAAGAUCAUCACUCGUGCAGGUGCAAAGUUGUAA